AUGAAGGCGGGGGUGGAAAAGGACGAAGAUGAAGAAGUGAAAUCUUCAUCUUCAAUUACAAUUCGAUCAAUCGGCGAUGGUGAUGAUGGGGAUAUUGAGGACGACAAACAGGCGGUAGUUGCGACGAGUCGGCGUGUAUCGUCGAGUUUGAGCAGAGAAGGAGAAGAUGAACGAGAUGGAGAGGGAAAUGGAGAUGAGCCAAAGAAUGAUGCUGAUCAUCAUGUCUUGACGCUAUCGAGGGCACGAUGCAUUGCGCUGGUGGCCACUGUCACGGGCGCUGCGUUUCUCAAUACCCUCUCCCUCCAAAGCGUCGUCAUUAUCCUCCCCACCAUCGGUCGCCAUCUUUCCAUCCCCGAGAGUCGACAGCAAUGGAUCGUCUCCUCCUACUCGCUCACCUUUGGCUGCUUCCUGUUGUUCUGGGGCCGCGUCGCCGACUUGUACGGGAAGCGCCUCAUCUUCGUGCUGGGUUCCAUCUGGGUGACGGCGGUCAUGGCUGCGAAUCCGUUUGUGCCCAAUGAGAUUGGGUUCAACUUAUUCCGAGGUCUUCACGGCUUGGGGGCUGCUGCCAAUGUGCCCACUGCGAUUGGCAUCUUGGGUGUCACGUUUCCUCCAGGCAAGGCGAAAAACUAUGCCUUUGUUGCAUACGGCGCCGGUGCCCCUCUCGGAAGCGUCUUUGGAAACAUACUGUCCGGCUUCAUCGCCGAGUACUCCGACUGGAAAUGGGUCUUCGGCACUCUCGCCAUCAUGGGCGCCGUCGUUUCGAUCUGUGGCAUCCUUUUCAUACCUGCUCCUCCACCGUCAGCAUCCAAUUCGAACAGAAAAGGCCCGGCUUCAAUUGACUGGAUCGGUGCUACGCUCGUUACUGUUGGCCUCCUUGCUCUCAUGUUUGCUCUUACCGAGGGCAACGUUGUAGGGUGGAAUACUCCCUGGGUCCCCGUCCUCAUCGUCGUUUCUGUACUCAUCAUCGCUGCCUUUGCCGUCUGGCAGUGGUAUUUGGAACGCAGAUUAACGUCCGCUGUUCAAGCCGAAUUGGAUGCUAGUAUUGUCGAACAAGGAGAUGCCGUCUCGUCACCAUCGGAUUCCCGCCGCCCUUUGCCGCCAGCUUCGUCUCUCACUCCGCCGCUAAUCAAAAUCUCCAUAUUCCGCAACCUCCAAUUCAGCGCUGUAAUGGUCAUCAUGUGCGUCUUUUUCGCCUCCUUCAACAACUAUCUCAUCUACGCCACCUACUACUUUCAAGAAUUCCAGGGUCUAUCGCCCCUACAAACUAUGCUGCGGUUUAUCCCAACAGGCGUGGGCGGUGCUACCGUUGCCAUCAUCGUUUCUCAGAUCCUCGACCGCGUGCCCACCGUCUUCAUCCUCAUAACCGGCAACCUCUCGGUCUCAAUUGCAUGUCUCCUGUAUGCUGUGCCUAUCCCCCCGACGACUUCGUACUUCGCUUGGGGCCUUCCUGCUAUGGUCCUCUCCGUCGUUGGCGCAGACACUACGUGGCCAUGCCUCACUCUCUUCACCUCACGUGCUCUCCCGAGAGAACAUCAAGCCGUCGGCGGUGCGCUCAUCAACGCCGUUGGACAAUUUGGUCGAUCUAUCGGCCUCGCGCUCAGCACGGCAACUCAAACCGCCGUCAUGGCCAACGCCCGUGGUGUUCCUGUCAAGGAUGUCGGCAGCAUAAAGGCGUGGGAACCGGAAUCUCUCAAAGGCCUGCGUGCGGCUUCGUGGAUGAAUUUCGCCUUGGGAGUUGCGUCUCUGGUCGUCGUCUUGAUAGCCUUUCCAACGCUGGAGAUUGUGGGCAAGGCGGAGCCUACGCCAACCAAGAAGCAGAGCGAAGGGGUUAUUCGCAAUACGAGGAGCGAAAAGCAGGAGGAGGCUGGCGACUCUGAACGUAACAGAGCAUGA